GGAAGCUCCUCCGAAGGCACCCGCGGCACUCCGUAGCCAUUUUGGCUCAAGCGUUCGCACGGCCGCGCCUCCGUCCGUGUGAUGGCGCUGCCUCGAUGGGCUCUGGAUCCCGUGACGGCUGCCCGCCUAGUCGAGGCAGCUGUGCGCGGGGCGCUCGGGGCGCCGAGGCGCACAGUGGCGGCGGUUGCGCGGUCAGCGGUCUCGGCGGCGGCCUUCGCCGUCGCGGCGCCGCCACCGCCCGCCGCCGCCGCUGGCGCCGGGGCGCCUCCUGUGCCUGGUCCUGGUGUUCCGGGCCGCGUAGGUGCUGCUGCGGCCGACCCGACGGCGUUCGCCGCUCGGCGUCGGCGCCGCCGACAGUGCUGCGCGGCGCGGGAGGCCGCCGCGGCCCCCCCUGCAGCCGCAGGCGAGGGCGCUGGGCAGGCUGCAGGAGCGGCUGCUGCCGCUGCUGGUGCGGGCGUCGCGCUCGCCCCCGUGGCCGCCGUGGCGGCGGAGGCUGCCGACACGGAAAUGGAGGACUUCGACGACGCAUGGGCCGACGGGCUCGUGCGAUUCCCCGAUGGGGUGGCGUUUGCGGCUGCCGCGGAGGCCCGCCCGCCUCCCUCGGACGGGGCCGCUGCCGCGGCGGAGGCGGCGGAUGCAGCUCGCGGAGCUACAGAAGCUGCUGGUGCUGCGGGGUGCGGCCGCGGGAGCGACGGCCAGGCCGACGGAGCCGCGCGGCGGCGGCGCGGGCCCAGGCGUCCUCGGGCGAAGGCCGCGGCGGAGCUGGGUGUGGCGCCCGCGGUGGCGGCGCCUGCUGUUGGCGGGGCUGCGGCCUCGGUGGUCGGCCCUGAGGAGGUCUUCUUGGUGGCCGACGGCCUCCUUCGCCAGGCGGCUGACUACGAGCCUCGGCUCAGCGAGCAGCUUCCGCAUAUGCUGGAGUCCGCGAGCUGGAGGCCUGCCAGCGCCUUUUAGCCCGCGCUCGCGGGUGGCGCGCCUUGCGCCUGGUGGCUCCCUCCGCCUCUGCUCCUGAAGGAGUGGCUUCGGUGGAUUGCCCUCCUUGGAGGGUGGCACAGCCUGGAGGGUGCCCCGCUGGGGUGCCCCAGGUGACGCCGCAGACCUCAGUGGAGCAAGUCGAGCUUUCGUCAGCCUCGGCCUCUGCGGUAGCGGCGGUGUCAAGGGGGGUGCUUGCGGUGAUCUGGCCCCGUUUGGGGCUGGCGCGGCCGGGUGGGCGCCCCGCGCGGGCGCCCCCGGUGACGGCGCGCGCCCCGGGGCCACUCCAGAACCGAGCUCGCGCCGCGCGAGCCGAGGGCGCAGC